GAAUGAGCUUAUAUAUAUUCCGCCGUCAUCUCAUCUCCAGAGUGCAGAGGUACAAAGAGACUGACUUUCAAAAGAAAACGACGAUUUAUUUGAGACCCAUCUUCUUCUUCUUUUGCCUACAGCUCCAGAAUUCCUGGUGGGGGUUCUUCAUCUUCUUCAGCUGCCUACAGCAGGAUCACAAAUGGAGUUCCAACAAAUUCCUACAGGAGACAAGCUUAUAUUGAGGGGACUUGCUUUCCAUGGCUUUCAUGGGGUUAAGCCAGAAGAAAAAACACUUGGACAGAAGUUUGUAAUAGAUAUUGAUGCUUGGAUGGAUCUCCAACCUGCUGGCCUAACUGAUAACAUAUCAGCCACUAUUAGUUAUACUGACAUAUACGGCAUUGCUAAAGAAGUUGUGGAGGGUCCAUCUCAAAAUCUUCUGGAGUCUGUGGCGCAUCAGAUUGCAUCCAAUACCCUGUCCAAGUUUGAGAAGAUAUUGGCUGUUCGAAUCAAGGUUGAGAAACCACAUGUUUCUGUUGGUGGUGUUCUUGAUUGUUUGGGCGUUGAGAUCCUUAGAUUCCAAAAAGGAGACCUAUUGAGAAAGUAAAUGGUUUGUUCCUUUGUUUUGUUAUACUUCAAUUAUGGGAAAAUAAUCUCUUCUAUGGUUUCAGUUGAAUAACUCCCAUGGUAGAUAUGCUAUUCUAGUGAUGUUGAUUCUCAGUCUUUAUCCUUGAAUGGCUAUAACUAUAUAAGAGGUUUUAUUUUCA